AUGGCUAACAAUAAGGAGGGCCCAUCUGCCCAGGUUGCAACCCAAGGCCCUCAAGGUCCGGGCGCAGCACCGGAACUAGACAGCCCGGGGGUCAAGCGGAUUGAGGUUCUUUCAUCUUACCUAUGGAACAUUGACCGUGUGUUUCUUUUCUCUGGAAUAUUUCUCGUGGCCUAUGUCUAUGGACUUGACGGUCAAGUGCGGGGCACCUACCAGCCAUACGCUACCGCCUCCUACGGCUCGCAUAGUCUGCUGUCGAGCAUCGAUAUCCUCCGAGCGGUUAUUGCAGCUGCUGCACAGCCAACUGCAGCCAAGAUUGCCGAUGUUUUCGGGAGAGUCGAGUUGAUCUUGAUCUCAAUACUUUUCUAUACCCUUGGUACCAUUAUCGAGGCGUCUUCAAAUACAGUCGAGCAGUUUGCUGCAGGUGCUGUGCUAUACCAGAUCGGAUACACCGCUAUCAUACUACUGGUGGAGGUUUUGGUUGCGGAUGUUACCUCGCUGCGCUCGCGCCUACUAUUCUCAUAUACUCCAGCACUGCCGUUUCUGAUCAACACCUGGAUUAGUGGUAAUGUCACUGGGGCUGUCUUAGGGACGACCACAUGGCGCUGGGGUGUGGGCAUGUUUGCGAUAAUCUAUCCCAUUUGCACACUUCCUCUCCUCAUCACCCUCUGCAUCGUUCACCGCAGAGCAAAGAACAAUGGCGCGUUGGAGGACAUCCGAAGUUCCUUCCGUAGGAUGGGUGCUUGCCGGUUGGCCAAAGAAUUGUUUUGGUACUUGGAUGUGAUUGGCAUUAUACUGUUGAUUGCAUUUCUUGCUCUGAUUCUGGUGCCAUUUACGAUAGCCGGAGGGUUAGCUUCGCAGUGGAAGGAGGCCAAGAUCAUCGCCCCUCUCGUUAUAGGGUUGUGCUGCAUUCCAGCGUGGGUUAUCUGGGAGAGAACAUGCAAGCACCCGAUGGUUCCAUUCAAGCUGCUCAAAGAUAGAGCAGUCUGGGGUGCAUUAGGCAUUGCACUCAUGCUAAACACCGCAUGGGCCCUCCAAGGCGAAUAUCUCUACACUGUCCUUAUCGUCAGCUUCAAUGAAAGUAUCACGAGCGCAACCAGAAUUCGAUCCCUCUAUAGCUUUGCCUCUGUGAUCACUGGAUUCCUGUUGGGAUUUGUCGUCUUCAAGGUUAGACGACUAAAGCCAUUUAUUGUCGGAGGGACAUUGUUGUUCAUGGUGGCUUUUGGUAUCUUGAUCUAUUACCGUGGAGGGUCCACUUCGUCCAGCCAUUCGGGAAUCAUUGGGGGUCAGGUGCUUCUGGGGAUUGCUGGGGGAUUCUUCCCUUACCCUGCCCAGGCCAGCAUCCAGGCUGCCACCAAGCACGAGCAUCUGGCGGUGGUCACUGGUCUGUUCUUAGCGUGCUAUAACAUCGGCAGCGCCCUAGGAGGAAGCAUUUCGGGAGCCAUUUGGACCCAGGUUCUUCCCGGAGAGCUGAACAGCAGACUCGGUAACGCUACGCUAGCUGCUCAAGCAUAUGCGGAUCCGUUCACUUUCAGCGGUACUCAUCCCAUGGGUACCCCGGAUCGGGAUGCGGUCGUUGCUGCGUACAAGUACACACAACGGCUGUUGUGCAUUACUGGGAUUUGCUUAACGGUGCCGCUGGUCGCAUUCUCUCUUUGUACCCGCAGCAUGGUUCUAACCAAGGAGCAAAGCUUUGCGAACGCCGAGGAGGAUAGUGACGGGGUUGAUCAACCGUGAGCGAUUAUGUUGAGGAGGUGUAGAUGGUUAUCUUGCGGCCGUGAGUCGAGGCUGUUGUUGCCUGGAGGCAUAGUAGUGUUGCUCCGAUCGCUUAGUAAAAUGGACUAAUUUGAUUGGGUAAACAAUCAGCUAUUUCCUCG